CUCUCGGCAGUCUCUUUAAAGGCCUUGACAGCUUCGGAGGGCAUGCGAAAGUGAGUGAGCAACAAAUAAUACAUACAAGGAAAAGUGUAUUAGUGUCGAAAAAACUAUGGCUGGAUCCAGUGGGCGUUACGUCAAGUCUAAAGGUUCCAAUCCAUUUUUUGACGAUGAAGACGACGUGGACGACGAAGAAUUUCUUCAAAGGGCACCCAAUAGGUUCAAUAACUUUGGAGGAAAAUUAGCCAAUAGUUUGUCGGGCGGAAAUAACAGUUUCCAACCUCUGGACGGAGGAGAAAAUCAGAGCGCCGAUGAACGUAGACGACAACUUCUUAUGGAGAAACAGAAAAUAGAAGAACGUACUUUGCAGGCUUCAGGGCGAGCUAAAGGAAUGUUGUAUGAGACUGAGCAGAUUGGAAUCUCCACCGCUGAGGACUUGGUAAGGCAGAGGGAACAGUUAGAGAGAACUGGGAGCCGACUGGAUGAAAUGAAUAAUUCAUUGAGGACUUCAGAGAGACACAUACAGAAUAUCAAGAGUGUGUUUAGCAGUAUGAAGAACUACUUUUCUAAGCCUUCAGAGCCACUCAAAAACUCUUCUGAAGGGUCUUUGUUAAAGCCUAGUUCCAGUAGUAGUAGUAGCAAUCUUUCCAAGGUGCUUGAGCAAACAUCAUCACCGAUUGACCGAGACUCACCAUCACAGCAGCAGCACCCAGCAUUGAGGAUUAAAGGACUUGAAAAUGAUUUUAGUCACAAACCUCUUUCCAAUGUCGACGAGCAGCUAGAGCAAGAUCUGGGUGACAUGAGUUUGUCCCUGUCCCGUCUGAAAGGUCUCGCCCAGGGAUUGUCGACUGAACUGGAAGAUCAGAACACGUUGAUCGAUCGGUUGCAGACUGGUGCCGACAAGGCUGACUGGAGAAUCCAGCGUCAAAAUAAAGAUAUGGAACGUCUUCUGAAAAAGUGAAAACCCACGAGUCCAUGUUGUUUCCAACUUGUGAUACACAAAGAAUUAGAAUUGAAUGAAGAAAAAAAAACUCUUUUGUUUUAAAUAAAAAAAUCUGUCCCCCUCUUUUUGCGCACCAAGGUAAAUUGCCAGCACACUCCCAGUGUGUAUAUAUAUUAUAUAUUCAUGGAAUAAUACAUUUAGGUGAAACACGG